AUGGCUCAUCGUAAAUCUUCUUCUACUUGUUGUACUCCAACACUUAUUAUUAUUAUUUGUACUAUUUUUGCUGUUACUUUUGCAACUGUAACUCUCUUGGUUGGUUUGAUUUCAUUAGCACCAAGUAUUGCUAAAUAUAAUGAAUAUGGACAAGUAUCAUGUUCAAUUACAGGUACACAGUUGUAUAAUGACUGUGAAUCCAAUAUGUGUCAAAGUUAUAAUGACGACAUUUGGUGGUACGAUACUUGGGGAUCGUCCUAUUUCUUUGUCUAUGUAAGCGGUGGCUCCUCGGGCGACGACUACAAUGACAGUGGUGACUCAACCUCGACCGGCGACGACGAUGGCGGCAGCAACGACGAAGACACUGGUACCGGCAGUAGCACUGGCGACAGCGACAGUGGAACUGGCAGUGGAGGUGACAGCGGAGGUGACAGCGGAGGCGGUUUUGACAGUGGAGGUGAUGACGGAGAUCUCCUCAAGCGAGGCAUCGUCGCAGGUUCAACCUCUGGUGGUUCACACAACCAACAAGAACAAGAAUUAAAGUUAAAGAGCAAGAAACAACAACACAAAAUCAUGCAACAACAAAAACAACAACAAAUAGUCGUCUCUCAAACCAACAAUGGAAGCAGUAGUUCAAUUGAACCAUCAUUCUCUUCAUCCUCAUCAUCCUCUUCAUCGGAAGAGUGUGGUGAUGGAUACUAUUGUGCUCACGGUGUCUACUAUGUCAACUUUGAACUUGGUGGUGUCUUGGUCAAUGGUACAUCGGAAGGUCUCUACAGUUCUGACGGUGCUUGGGUACAACAAUACUUGGACAAGUUCCCACAAGCUGGUAACCCAUACACCUGUUACUACCUCAAGUCUAGUCCAUCGCAAGUACUCCUCUUUAAGAUCCCCAAGUACAACCCAGUUGCUCUUGGUUUCACCAUUGCCUGUGGUGUAUUGACCGUCAUUUUUGUCGGUGGUAUCAUUGCUGCCCUCAUCAAAAAGUCGCAUCACUCUUCAUCGUCUGCACACUCCUCUUAUAAGCAAAUUCAAGACACUGAACAUGGAGGUGCCAAGAAAUCACACCAUGCCAAACCAACCUACAAUGUCGUCCAACAACAACAACCAGUUGGUCCACCACCCAAUUAUUACCAAUACAACCAAGGUGUACCUUAUAUGGCUCAACCAUACGGUCAACCACAACAACAAUACACUCCACAAGCUUUUGCUCCACCUUCUUAUUCAUCAAACAAUAAUAAUAAUAACAAAAAUCAUGAAGGAAGAGAUACUUAUUAUCGUACAAUCGCAGAUUUGUCAAACAGCAACUACCAUCACAGAGGUUCCUCUACCACGCAAUUACAUUCAUUUGCAUUCAUAGCAGGGGGUUCUGGAAUAGGAAAGACUAGAGCCGGUGUAGAAGCCUCUACUAUUCCACAGUCUGUUCUCGAGAAAUGUCUUCACCCUCACACUGACUUUGUUGCAGCAAUGAAGGAUCCAAUAUACAUUUACUUGAAUAUGGGAAAUGGAUUGGGAAAUCAGCCUGUACUCGAUGACUGUGAACCCUCUGUUCGUAUUGGGUCUAGAAUAGCCUGUGCUGGUGGUUUAUUUCAUUGCAACAACAAACCUAUCAACAAGAUUCAAAAUAUGAUUGAUUGUAACGUCCUUAAAGAUUUCACAACUCAAUACACAUUGGAAACCAUUGUACAGCACUUCCAACAACAAAAACAAAAACAACAACAACAACAACAGCAACAACAACAGCAACAACAACAACAACAACAACCAAUAGCAAUAAUAAUUCAUCUUGAUGAGUUUCAGAUCUUCAUUGAUGAGUAUAUCAACAGAAAAGGCAAAUCUAGAGACGCAGGCCGUUUACAUUUCAAGGAAAUGCUUAAAUCGAUUGGCGAGUUCAUGUGCAGCCAUGGAGACUGCUUUGUUAUUCCUAUUUGCACAGGAACAGCACAACGAGAUCUUAAAUUUCCUCCAACAGAAUACCGAGGGGUUUCAAUUGGUCUGUCUCCACUUGACCGAAAAUCAUGUGAUGACCUUCUACAAUUCCACAGUACAUUGCCUGGUGGUGAUAAAAUCACACAACUUUUAGAAGACGAACCUAACAACUUUGAAAUAUGUCUGGCUGACACUGGAUUCAUUCCCAAAAUCAUAUCCUUCUUUUUGGUAUCAUGUGUUGACUCUACUCAUCAAUAUGGUGAUAAUUGUUUCUUUAAGAUUCAAGACAUGUGUGUCAUGCCAGAUGAUCAAGACUCAAUCGAUUGCUUGAAAGGAGUUUGCACCGUUGCUUUAUCUCGCCACCCAGUUACACUUGAAACAAAGCUUGGUAAAACAAACAAAACAGUCGAGGAAGUUAGAAGAAGUGGAUUAAUAUUUUUGGUUGAAGCUCCUAGAGAUUUCUAUAUCUUUAUACCCUUUUACAUUUUAAAGGCUUAUCUCCUCAAGUUGAAGGAUACUAUUAUACCAAACAAACUUUUAUUCUUUCCCACACAAGAUCAUAAAUGGUUGUGGCCAGAUUUUGAAAUUCUUUAUCCAUUUUACCAACAAACGCUUUUAGAUUCCUAUCAAUUCCUAGGUAUCAAAGUAAACUUUGCAAAUAUGUUCAGAGGUGCCCUUGGUGUCGAAAAUCUUCCAAUUGGUUAUUUUACUUCUUAUCCUACUAAAGUAGAAUACGAAAAAGAUUCCAAAUUUCCCUCAAUUUCAAACCAAAGAAUAAUUGUAGAUGGUAAAGAUAUCGCAACUACCGACAGUAUAUUUAUUUGUAGUCCCAAUACAGAAGCAAUUGACCAACGUUGGGUAGUAAAGAUUGGUGAGACAAGCUACAUAAUCCAUGCACAAACCAAACACUCUUUGAACCCAGGUGACAAACAAAUCACUGAUACAAAAGUGGCAGAAAUGACCAAAGAUUUCUUUGCCAAUUUUAGGGAUUUUGAAUCACCUGUCGUUUAUGUAAUAGUGACAAACAGAAAGGUUCAAGACUUCCAAAAACUCAAAAACGAGAAUGAAAUCAAUCCAACUACCCCAAAACGAAACAGAGAUGCCACAAUCAACACUCCCAAAUCCAACCACUAUCUUGUUAUCAUUUCUCAAGACAAUUUUGAAACAUUCUUUACACCAACCUUUGCUCAUAGAGGAUUAUUGGCAAUGAAAUCUGAUCCUGACAAUUCCCCAACAUUCUAUUCUUCCCAAUCCUAG